GGAACAAGUACACAACCUGGAAGAGGGGACACACAAAUAAACUAUGAGCUCCCCAGAGUCUGCACCACUUCCUCGGCAGGCCUCUACACCAGAUGACCUUCUAGGGGGAAUUCUUGUUGAAGACAAGAGCAAAUUCAAGAGCUGCAAUGAGAUUGGAUUUUACAGAAGGCAGCAAUGCUUACCACCAGGUCAGUCCCUUUAUCACGCUCGUCUGGAUACUCUGAUGGUUGAGGAUUCAGGUGCAACUUUUCAAAUCCUUCACCAGGAAACCAAGGUUCCUCUACAGGUAGAGUUGAAUGCAUUGAAGGGUGGUAUCUUCAGGCUUAAAAUCAAUGAGGUGUCUCCAUUGAGGCCAAGAUAUGAGGUUCCUGAUGUGUUGGUGGGAGAGCCGGCCACUGAGAGGCUGGUUGUGUCCAAACGGGAAUCAGGAAUUGUUGUUCUGGAAUAUCCACAUGGGGUAUAUAAGCUACACAUCAUUGCUCAGCCUUUCUCCAUCUCCAUAACACACAAGAACAAGCCCCUUAUCAGUGUAAACUCACAGGGACUUUUGUACUUCGAACAUCUGCUUUCCCCACCCAAGGAAAGUGUGGGAAAUGACUCUCAGGAUUCAGCUCAGGUAAAGAGAAGAAGAUAUGUAUAUACCUUUUAUGUAAUAGGCCACUUUAUCAUGUUCCAUACAAACCAUGGGCGUUAUAACCCAUCGCCAGCUGUUGCCCAGUCCUGCUAUAUGAAAUAUUCUGUUCUUGGGUUCAGAAAUGUCCCAGCUUUCCAGAAUGAGUCUGGACUCUGGAAAGAAAGAUUUGCAAAUUUUGUGGACAUUAAAGCCAAUGGGCCAACCUCAGUGGGUCUGGAUUUUUCGUUGCAUGGGUUUGAAUAUUUAUACGGAAUUCCAGAACAUGCAGAUACUCACAGACUACAAGACACCGGGGAGAGUGAGGCAUAUCGUCUGUACAAUCUGGAUGUGUUUGGGUACCGUGUAGCUGACAAAAUGGGUAUAUAUGGAUCUGUGCCCCUUCUCCUGGCUCACAAACCUUCACACACUUGUGGGGUCUUCUGGCUAAACUCCUCCGAGACACUGGUGGAAAUCCACUCCAAGGCAGCUCUCCAGGCUUCAGCGCACACACAAAAGCAGAGAGCUAUCCCCCAGUUAAAUGUCAGAUGGAUGUCCGAGAGUGGGAUAGUGGAUGCGUUCCUGAUGAUGGGCCCUACACCUCAGGAUGUGUUCAAGCAGUAUGCACAGUUGACAGGCACUCAGUCGCUCCCUCCGCGAUUCUCUCUGGGAUAUCACCAGUGCCGCUGGAACUAUGAGGAUGAAGCCGAUGUGGAGGCAGUGGAUUCAGGCUUCGAUGAACACAACAUCCCCUAUGAUGUCAUCUGGUUAGAUAUCGAGCACACUGACGGGAAGAGGUAUUUUACCUGGGAUCCGGAGAGAUUCCACAGUCCAGAACGGAUGCAGGAAAAACUACGAGAGAAAAGACGCAAGCUGGUUGUCAUUUCUGAUCCUCAUGUUAAGGUCGAUCCAAAUUAUACCUUGUAUACUGAAGCCAAAGAUAAAGGAUUCUUUGUGAAGACGAGAGAAGGACAGGACUUUGUGGGAAACUGUUGGCCAGGUUCCUCUAGUUACUUGGAUUUCACAAACCCCGCUGCACGAGACUGGUAUUCAUCUCAAUUUGCGCUCAAUGUCUAUAAAGGGUCCACUGAUAUCUUGUUUGUAUGGAAUGAUAUGAACGAGCCCUCUGUGUUUGAGGAAUCGGAGGUCACAAUGCCGAAGUCUGCAUUGCAUCACCAAGGCUGGGAGCACCGAGACGUCCAUAACCUCUAUGGAUUCUACCAGCAAAUGUCCACUUCAGAAGGUUUGACUCAGCGCUCCGGAGGUCAAGAAAGACCGUUUGUACUUACAAGGUCUUUUUUUGCAGGUUCCCAGAGAUAUGGUGCUGUUUGGACUGGAGACAACAAGGCAGAAUGGGAAUACCUGAAAAUCUCCAUUCCAAUGCUGCUCACCCUGAAUGUGACCGGGAUUUCCUUCUGUGGAGCUGAUGUUGGUGGCUUUUUUGGUGACCCAGAACCUGAGCUCCUUGUCCGCUGGUACCAAGCUGGUGCUUUCCAGCCUUUCUUCCGUGGGCACUCUAUCCGUGACAGCCAUCGCCGUGAACCCUGGUUAUUUGGAGAAAGCACCACUUGUUUGAUUAGGAAGGCCAUAGAGGAACGCUAUAUUUUGCUUCCAUACUGGUACCUGCUCUUCUACCGGGCCCAUGUGAAUGCUGAACCAGUGAUGAGGCCUCUAUGGGCAGAAUUUCCCAAGCACCCAGAAACGUUUGAUGUAGAGAACCAGUACAUGUUAGGUAGUGCCCUUUUGAUUGUGCCAAUUAUGGAUUCUGGUACCUCUUCUCUGGAUGUGCUGUUUCCUGGUUCUGGCGAGCGCUGGUACAACUUUCGAAACUUCGAGUGCAUCAGGGGGCCUCAUAAACAGAAAGUGGGAGUAACUUUAGAAGAGAUUCCAGUUUAUCAGCGAGGUGGUUCCAUUAUACCCAUGCACUGCACUGUGGGAAAAUCAACAGGCUGGAUGGAGGGAAGUCCUUACAAGUUACACAUAGCUCUGGACUCCAAGGGUUCAGCUGCAGGAGAGCUGUUUAUAGAUGAUGGACAUUCUUUUAAGUAUCUACAUGAACAUAUGUUCAGCCACAGAAGGUUCACCUUCCAGAAAAAUAUUCUAUCCUGCAGGUCUGCAGACAAAAAAGGUCAGUUCCCUGCAGAGUCCAUUCUGGAGAAGGUGCUAAUCUUGGGUUUCAAAAGACGACCAUCUAAAAUCAGCGUGCAUAGUGAAGGAGGGGAUGGGAGAAAAGUGAUCUUCACUUACAACCACAAGCUUUGUCUACUGACCCUGGAGUCCCUCUCCCUGGAUGUCUCUGCUGACUGGACGAUUCACAUCACAAGCUUUUCAUAGCAUUUCUUCUCUUUGACAGUUACCGCUCCCUCUUUUUAUACAUUGACUCUUAUGAUAACGAUGUUGUUGAUCACGUGCAGUUCUGAAUACUGAUGCACUGAACAAAGAUCAAAUUCUCACAAUUCAUUGAACACAAUGAAAAUAUAAUGAUUUUGUUUACAGAAUUACAUGACAAAAAGGCCAAAGCCUGUGCGAAAGAUUGAUAUUAAUAAAAUUACUACAUAGCAGACCUGUCCAAAUUUGAAUGCCAAUAUUUGUUUUCUGCAUGCUAUUAUGAUACGGUAUCCAUAGGGGGAGUAUGUUUUUUUUGGUUUGUUGGGGAAAGACACAAUCAGGAUACAUGACUAGAUCUAAAAGAAGACAGGGUAUUUUUUUUACAAUUGAAAACGUUGGUGCCUAUUAAAUAGUUAAUAUGUUAUAUAUAUUUCAUUGGGAAAUUGCUAGUAAUUUGUGUUUAUGAAUAAGGGACAACCCAGGCAAGAAACGUGUUAAGCUUCUGUCAGCCUGAUUUUUUAUUUCCCACUGAUGUUGUCGUGAGCAGGCUUGAUUCGCAAUAAAUCUUUGAAGCAAGUAA